UUGUGCAGUUACCAUGCCGCCUAAAGCAAAACCGUCCAAGCAGACCAAGCGCAAGACUCCCGCCGCCAAGCCCAAAGCGCCGGCACCCUCGCCUCCAGCCAAGACGCUUGCGUACGAUGAAGAUGGCGUGGACACGUUGUUCGAAGCCAUGAGCAUCGUCGCGGUGCGAUGCGACGAGGACGGCGAGCGGUUCUGGAUCGCCCAGCUCCUCGACGACACGAUCGAGGACAUGCUCGAGGACGAGUCCGCCCAGGUGAACGUGGUGUACUUUGACAAGGUCGUGUCCGACAAGAGUACGUCGUACCGACUGGGUUCGUACGAUGCGAUUCCCGUGCAAGCCAUCAUGUGCGAGAUUCACCUGGACGAGCCCUCCCCCGGCGAUUUCAAACUGCCCAAGCGUCACCUCGACCGCAUUGAAUCGAUCUUGGCGAACGUGGACGCGGGAGAAGACGUGCCGGACGAGAUGCUGCAACCGCUCAAGAAGCGCAAGACGUCGACCUCGUCUGAAGCGACGACGAAGCGAGGAAAUGGAGCAAAGUCCCCGUCUAGAACGUCCGCGGUUAAAUUGGACAAACUGUCUGGGUUAGUUAAGAAGAAGGUGCAAGUGCCCACGUCCAUCCAUCUGCAAGACGAAUCCAUGGCUGGGAAGCAUGCGUUCCGUUCAAAAUGCUCAGACGUGGUAUCCAGCUCCAAGGAGAUUAUCCGGAUGGUGCUGGUCAAAGACUACAAGAUGCUCGAGAACUUGCUCAAGAAGCCAUCGAUGCACAAGCACGUGUACUCGUUCUUUGUCACUCGAAGUGCAGGGAUCCCCAAGACAGCCGUACAUUACGCCAUUGAACGCGCGGACCUCAAGGCAUUGACAUUGCUCUUAGCCGCGGCGAAACCCGAUCAAACGCCGCCUAAAUUUGCAAAGAAACCUGUUUGCGCGUUGGUAUCGUUGGAUACAGGCAACCAUACCAGUUCCUUUAGCGACUACAAUCGCCGAGCUUUGAACGCGAGUCGGGGGGGGAAAGAAGGCAACAAUGCGUUGUUAAAGGACGAGGGUAGUGGGAGUACGCUGCCUCCGCUUAAUUUGGACGGCGUGGACUCGACAGUGGAUACGUUUCUAUGGGGAAAUCCCACCACGACAUAUGAAAUGAUCAUGCUGUUCUACCCCGGGGAUACCUGGGUCCAGUCGUCCAGUCGGGUCAUUCCGCUCGUGGCUCGCUGUGGCAACUGCACUUUGCUGUGCAAACUCGUGGGUAUUCUUGUGGCUCGCAAUGGCUGGGGCUACAACGCCCUGCACGCCCAAGUGCUGGCGGAUAUGGGGCCUUUGGAUCCGUUCAAGAAGGUGUCUGUUCUCAAGAAAGCCAAUAUGCACUCGAUCCGACCUCUGCACUUUGCAGCGAUCAACCCCAACCCAGCGCACUUGGCUACGUUGGUCGGAGAAGUGGACCAGUCGGCGUUGGCCGAAGCCGACGCUGGCAACUGGACGGCGCUGCAUUACGCAGCAACUAGCUCCGAAACGGGCCCUUUGAAAGUGCUGCUAAAAGCAGGCGCAGAUGCUAAUCUCCGUACAAAGGCCAAAGAUACACCGCUGACCAUCGCUGCCAAGUUGGGGCGACUCCAACAUGUCAAGGUGCUGCUCGAACAUUCGGAUAUUGUAUGUGUUCGUGCACUGCACUUGGCCGCCCAACACGGCCACGACCAAGUGGUGCAGGUCCUGCUGGCCCACGGCGCCAACCCUAACGCCAGUACGCCCAUGAAAGAGUCGGCGCUGGCGCUGGCGGCGGAAGGUGGACAUUUGAACUGUGUGAACGCGUUGCUCCAGAACAAGGGUACCGUCGUGGACGUUCUUGACAAAGUUCGUCGCACUCCGCUCAUGGUUGCCGUCAUGAAUGGCCACGUCGAUGUCGCCAUCGCGCUCCUUAACGCUGGUGCUAACCCGAAUGCCGUGGACACGUCCAUGAACAGUGUGAUGCACUAUGCAGCUGGAUAUGGAUGGCUGUCGUGCGUCAAGCUGUUGGUGGCCGUGGAAUCUGCGACGUGGUUCCAGAACUCGUGGGGGUACUCGCCCAUGGCCGUAGCUGCGUUGAAAGGCCGGUACGACGUGUCGCAGUUUCUGCUGGACCUGGCGCCCCCGACCGAGCCCGCGGUGGACUUUCGCGACUCGAACGGCGCUACGAUGCUGUUUCUACAGUGCAAACUGGCAGAAUCCGUGGACCAAAUCGCGUACUUAUUGUCGAAAGGCGCGGAUCCGAACAUCCCGACCACGUCCCCAGUGGUUGCGUUUCCCCUCCAGCAAGUAUUACUGCGAUUGCCCGAAGAGAACAAGGAAAGCAACGUGGAUGGGGGGGAGGUCCUAGUAGAAAUGGCCAAGUUGCUGAUCCAACACAAGGCGUACAUUACCCAUGAAGACAUGCAUGACGUCCGGCAGCCAUUAGCGUUAGCCAUGGCCAAGAAACACAAGCCGCUGUUCGAGUUGCUUUUGCCAAUGUCCGACUUGGCGGCGUGGGGGGGACCCAAGAAGGAAAACCUGUGGAUGACAGCGGUAGCCCAGCCCGACCCGACGUACCUGACGGCGAUGUUAAACAAAAGUAGCAGGCACGUUCCCAUCGUACAAGAUGUCGACGGGUGCAAUCUGUUGCACUACGUGGCCAUUUCAAGCGCGAUUACAGUCGAGAUGGUGGCUUUGCUGUUUACUCGGCUCACCAAGAGUGAGAUUGCGGCGGCGAUGGCCAGUGUAAACAAGGCCGGACACACGCCGCUGCUAACUCUCGUGGCUUUCGAACGCCUACACAAGGCAGAUGUGGAUUAUACUGCAGAGGACAAUCGGUAUUGUCGGCUCUUGCGGCUAUACUUGCAGCACUCGACCCAGCUGGAAUCGAUGGUGGUGAAAGAAACGACGGAAUCGCUGCUGCAUGUGGCUGCGUCUCGUACACUGUCGGCGGCCAAUGGACGGUGGAGGGGUGCCGACGAUGUGCUGCAGGUGGUGGUGGAAUCUCACGGGUGGCCAGUGGCGACUGUGAACGCCCCGUCGACAGCUACCGGCAAGACGGCGCUGUUCUUGGCAAGUGAGAACGGCCACACUCGAGGGGUGUAUGCGCUGUUGCGAAAGAAAGCCGAUCCGAACUUGGUUGUCAAGAAUACACACGACGACAGUAGUAACUGGACUAGUCCGUUGCUGGCAGCUGUAGCGAACGGCCAUGUCGAGAUUGCCACGAAUUUGCUGCAGUUUGGCGGCAAAGUGUCGGAAGGGUUUCGGGGGCUCAAGACACCGCUGCAUGUAGCGGUAGAGAGAAAUGACGCCGAUAUGACCGACGCGUUGCUAAGCAGCGGCGCAGACGUGUGUGCAGUCAACGCCGACGGAUUAUCUGCGCUUAGCAGUGCCAUUCUCCAAGGGUUCUCUGUCACCAAAGUCGAAUUGCACGCGAACGAGGUGUCGUUUGGCGACUCGUUCAACGCCCCUCUUAACGACAGCUGGGACUUUUUAUGUGCUAAAGUACCUACCCCAGUAGCAACUUUGCCACCAACGACUAACAACAAGAAAGCCAGCGAGAUUGAAGAAGAUGAGGAUGACGAAAGCCAAGCCAGUGAUACCUCGGGUGACAGCGAAGAAGUACAAGAAAAAGAAGAAAAAGAAAAAGAAGAGCCCCCUGUGGUUCAAAACGCUGGGAUUUCGGCCAUCUCGGUGCUGCUCUUACAUGCGAGCGCGGCACCGGCGAUCGGGCUUGCCGACAGCCGCGGACGGACGCCGCUGCAUUAUGCAUGUGGUAACCGGGACGUGCACCUUCUCCGGGCACUGGUGCACUUGUCCCCCGCGGCUAUAAACGCCCGCGAUCGGCACCUCCGGACGCCGCUGCACUUUGCCGUCAACGCGGCCGUGCUCACCCCCGAAGCCACAUUUGAUAUUGAAAGCGUGCUGGUCAAGCACGGCGCCGACGUGAACGCCGUGGAUGCGUUUGGGUUUACACCGCUGCACUUUGCCUUUCAAAAGGUCAACCUCGACUGGCAAUAUGACCAUCCGGCCAAAUCCGCCGUCGACUUCCAAGAAAUAUUGGCAAGUGUACCGACCGAGGUGGCAACGGAUCCGAUUGAAACGGUGAGGAACUUAUGCCUAGUGAAUGGGAUUCAAGUAACUGGCCAAGACAUUCUCGGCCGGACAUGUCUGCAUGUGGCCGCGGCCACCGGCGCCGUCGUGAGCUCCCUGAGUAUCCUCCAUAUUGCCCCACCUGAACUGCUCGAAAUGACCGAUCAAUAUGGGGAUACGGCGGUGGCAACGGCCAUGGCGUACGGCCGCCAGGCGGUGGUGACCACUCUUAUCCAGCAACGCGCCAAUAUCCAAGUGAGUUUUACCAAAAACAAGGCCAAAGUGAGCUUGUACUAUUCAGCCGUGCAAAAGCAAUGGCAAGGCGUGUGUCAUCUGCUGCUCAAUGCAGGGUACUGCCGUCGCCAAGCAGUCGAAGAUUCGCUUCGAAGCCAUGGGUUUACAUUGACGCAAAAUUUGAUUGCCGGGCUGGUCAAUAAUACUAAACACAAGUCAACGCUAACCCAAACCAACGACAAGGGCGAAACACUUUUGCACGUGCUAGCGCAGCAAUCUGUCGAGUUUCAAGGCGUGGUUCGCGCUGUUGCUUGGCAACUGAUUGACGCGGGCGUGAGUGUGUCAGCAACGACCAAUGAGGGCGCGACGGCCAUGCAUUUCGCGGCAAUCCACGGCGAUUUGAACCUCUUACGGUUCCUUCUCCAUCUCGAUCCGUCCCUCGUCCAUACUUUGACCAAGUUUAACGAAUCCCCCCUUGUGUUUGCCUUGAAACACUCGACCGAGAAGUAUCCGGAUGCGGUGCUUCGGUCGCUGGUAUUUCUCGGCCGUUCCAAAGCCAACGUCGCCCAACCGGAUGCCCACGGCCACACGGUUCUAAGCCUGGUAUUGGAUCGGUUCGUGGAUCACAGAACGAUGUCGCAGACGUCCCAGGUCGUGCUCUUGGAUCUGGUCGAGUUCUUGCUCCAAGAGUGCAAAGUGUCGCCCAAUGGUCGGUUCCCCACGACGGCGUCCUUUGUGUGCUCCCCCCAGACGAACGAUAUUGUUAAAUGUGUGACACCGUUGAUCCGAGCCGUGCACAUUUCGUCAGUGUUUCUACGAGAACACGCGCUCGCCAUGCUGCUGCACCACGGCGCCAACGUGGUCGAGACAGACGACCAAGGCAACACGGUUCUCAUGCACGCCGUCGUGCAAAACCACUUGGACGACCUGCGCAUUUGUCUGGGCCUUGUUCCGUAUGCGGAAAGAAAAACUGUAUCGCAGACGACGACUUUGCCUUGUGAACCAAAGACUUGGACGAUGGACAUUUCAGCGGCAGACCGGGCUGCAGCACUCAACGUGGCCAAUGUAUAUGGAGAAACGGCUUUGCACUUGGCGGUUCAGCCCAGAGCCAACGGGUCGUUUGAGAACGUACAUAUCGUGGAGCUAUUGCUAAAGCACAAGGUAUGUAUCGAGGCUCUGGAUAAGCGCAAAGUGUCGGCUGUGGACUUGGCCAAAUUGCAGCACUCUGGCAUCUUGCUGGGUCUGCUGACCAACAGCAAAGUGGUUGCCAGGGACGUCGAUACUUGCGAAACGUAUGCUGCGAUACCGCCCGUGGACCACGAUGCGACAGUGUAUCUGAGCCAGUGCCAAGCCCGCGGCCUGGUGAAAACUGUGCCGAUUCCGCUGGUUAAGAGCCCGCUGUGCCAGGCUGGCCCUGGCGCCAUCGUGCACGUGAACGGUGUCACAGAGUUCUCGGUGCUGCUGUCCAAAGUGGACGUUCAAGCUGGCCAGCACGGCGUGAAUGUGUUUUACCGGAUGCAAAUCGUGCACAACGUCGUCCAGGAUGUGUUUGUUCUGUUCACCAACUGGGGCCGCAUGGGCGAGUCAGGCAAGUACCAGCACACGCCGUUCAAAUGUGUGACAUCGGCCGAGGACGAGUUCAAAAAGAUCUUCAAGAGCAAGACGGGCAACGUGUUUGGCCACGACUUGUUUGUCAAAAAGAUAGGCAAGUACAUGGUCAACCCUCGUCGCAGAGAACGCCACGAGUACCACGAGUCUGUCACAGCGUCGUUCACCAGUACUAGUUUGACCCAUCCAAAGUCCAUCCUGGACGACGCGGUGCAGCAAAUCCUGGGCGUUGUCACAGAUUUGAAGUGUCUCGAACAAGCUGCGACAGGGUAUGACCAUAGUCUGCGCGACAUGCCAUUGGUGGAACUGGAGCCGAGUGUUCUGGCCACGGCCCUCGAUCGGCUGUCCGAGAUCAAAACUAUAUUGGAAGAAAAUGCAAGUGUGUUGAAGAAGAUGAACUCAACGGAUCAGCCCCUGGAACCGGCACAGAUUGGCGCACUGGCAGACUCGUGGCGGGCGGCAACCGACGGUAUCGCAGAAAAGUCGAGCCGAUACUUUGAGCUCGUGCCUCGCAGCGACGCCAGCUGCGACGACGUUCCGCUGGCUUCGUUUCUGACUGUCCAGGACGUUAACAAGGAGAUUACACGGGUGCGGCACUUGCUCGACGUGGCCCACACCAGCAAGAUCAUCCUCGGGGCCAAGGCCAACGCUGGCCACCCACUAGACUAUUGCUAUGAUGCGAUGCAAGUGCACUUGACGCCGGCUUCGUCAGCCGACGUAGACGUGAUUUCCGCCUACUUUGAAGCUGGCUUUAGCUGUAAACCAAGUACCCACAAGGUGACAAGGGUGCUCAAAGUACAGCGAAAGGGCGAAGCAGAGCGCAUGCAAGAUAUAGCAGUGCCUGGCCACCACACGCUUCUAUGGCACGGAACGAAGAAGUCGAAUCUUAUGGGUAUCUUGUCGCGGGGCUUGUGUAUCGCCCCCCCUGAAGCCCCCACAACUGGCUACGCGUUUGGCAAGGGUAUUUACUUUGCCGAUUCGGCUGAAAAGAGCUUCAAUUACUGUGGAAGUGACCCGUAUACGUUGCCGGAUAAGCGCAAAGUGCACUAUAUGCUUUUAUGUGACGUGGCAUUGGGUACUACGCAUCGGGUGGUCGAGCCAGAGUACCGCGAAGUCGCGGCGGACGGGACCCACAGUACGUUUGCGAUGGCGAAAUACCAGCCAAACCCACACGAUACACUCGUGACGCCCAUCAGUUCGUGUCGAGUUCCCCUCGGCAAGUUGCAGCAGCUCGGCGAGGAGAUUUCCCUGCCGUCGGCGUGGGCGAUUGGGAAUAUUCCCGAUUUCUCCAAGUCCACCGUGAGGCCGUGGAUGCUGCAAACCAACCGAUUGGAUCGAGCCGGCCUAGCCCUGCUGGACAAGGCGCUCUUGACCGGGCAGACCAAAGUCGAGUGGGAAAAUUGCCUCCAAGUACCGCUGCAGCCGCUGCAUAUAUUUGGCGAGCGCUGGGCCAAGGUCACCAAGCUGGAGGUGCAAGUGGAAGCCAAGGAGUUUUACGUGAAUGGACGGGAACGCAUCGUGCGCUGCCACGUCACGCUCGAGUUUGAAAACUCGACCAAGUACUCGUACUCUGCCCACAAGUACUUUGACGUGGUGACGAAUGAGCCACUGGCCAACGGGUUCAAAUUUCACCUCGAACGUCCAGCUUUGACCCACAACGAGUUUAUCGUGUACAACCAAGCCCAGGUGAAGAUUGCCUACUUGGUGGAAAUUGAAGUCGCGUAACAGGAGAUAACGAUAUGUAGUACUACACUAGUUGUCUUCUAUUGUCCUUUUAAUUUGGACUGGACAUGUAGCUAUUUUAGUGGAGAAAUCGACGAACAAUGUACACAUGUUAAUACCAAUCGUAC